UGGAACAACCUACUUUCGAUGUGGAAAUUCGAAAGAGAUAGGUUGGGGAAACCUUCCCAACCGACGAGAUACACCUCUACGUGGUGGUUGGGACAAUACUGCACAUAUAAUUUUGUUUGGUCCCGGUAGGUUAGACUAA